AUGAAGGCGCGCUCCAAAUUCAGUCACCCUCUGGGAGAUUGGCCUCGGACGUUCAGUUGGAAAGCGUCAAUGGCCGUCGGGUCGAGUCGCUCUGGUUCGAAGACGGGUCUUUUGACGCAGCACCAGAACGACAUCACUCGCGCAAAAGAGCUGCCCAACCUAGCUGAGCACUUUAAAAUCAAAGGCGAUCAAAUUCGUCCCCUGGCCGCGGCCCCGUCGCCGCGCGUCCACCCGCCCGAUGACCAAGAUCUGACACCGCGUCUCACCCGACUGCUUGGGCGGUCCGCCGACAGCGGCAACCUCGUCUUUGCCAGGCUGCUGCCGCGCCACCCCGUGCUGCACCGCUUCGCAUCCGUGACCGUCUGGAAGAAGUGGCUUCUGCACCUGAUUGACGGUCUUGGGGCUCUUCACGCGCUCGGCACCGCCCACCGCGACAUCCAAGUAGACAACAUCCUGUUUGCCUACGGUGGGCAGACGCUGUUCCCGUGUGAACUUGAGGGCCGCUAG